AUGAAUGAUAGAUCAAUUAAACUAAGUUCACUGUUAGUAAACCAUCAGAAUAUUCCGAUGCCACAACCUAUCCCACCAAGAUCAAAUUCACACAUCUCUUUGCCACCUAUCUCAUCGUUUGAUAACUUAAUUAAUGUUACAAGCACCGCUUCAGGUACACCUGGGACAAUAUCACUACCGAGCUUUAGUGAUUCAUUAUCUUCAUCACCUUCAACUACGUCCUUCAUACAGAGUCGUCACGAUAGUAAUGUUAGCUCAUUAGCUGAUCACGGUAAUUAUACAAAUUCUAUCCCAUCUUUGUCUACUUUAUUGAAUAGUACAGCUCCAAGUCGAGUAACUAGCCCAGAAGUUUCAGGUGGGGAAAAUACUUCUGAUGCUAUUGUGGUACCCAAACGUAGUAGGAAAAGUAGUAAAAGUAAAGUCAGCAAAAGAAAAGAAUGUCCAAUUUGUCAUAAUUAUUAUGCAAAUCUAAAUACUCAUAAAUCAACUCAUUUGAAUCCUGAAAAUAGACCUCAUAAAUGUUCUAAAUGUAAUAGAGGAUUUAGUAGAAGUAAUGAUUUAAUUAGACAUAAGAAACGUCAUUGGAAGGAUAAAUUUGUCUCUUCAGAAGGAAUAGUAAACCAACCUACAGAUAGUGAAAGCUUUAUUAAGAGACAAAUAUCUUUAAAAAAUGAACAAUUGGUUUCCUUGUAUCAAAUAGAAGGAGCUUACAAAUGUCCUUUCAAUUCCACUCUAAUUAAAUUAGAUACUGAUAUUCAUCCAGAAAGAACCUCACAAACAGUUCCAAACGAAGCCUACAAUUGUCAUCAAACUGGUGUAUUUUCAAGAUGUGACACUUAUAAAAACCAUUUAAAAGCAUUGCAUUUCGAAUAUCCUCCAAAGACCAAGAAAGAAGACCGUGCUGUAGUACCAGGUAAAUGUAAACAUUGCGGUAAAGCUUUUAAAAAUGUUGAUGUAUGGUUAAAUGAACAUGUCAACAAAGAAUGUGGUUAUUCAUAUAGAUAA